AUGCUCCCUCCUGAAGGGACAGGGGACGAGAGUUCUGGUCUAUGUGUCUGCAGAGGGCGUCCGGGCUGCCGGGAGGAGGUGGCCUGGGGUGCAGACAGUUGUGAGGUGGUGCAGGCUCCAUCCUGGGUACUCAGCAGACCCCAGGGCCUCUUUCUGAGGGAUAAGGGGACGUGCCGCCAUCCCAUAUGGGCGCUGGUUCGAGUCCCUUGCAGCGAGUGGAAACUGCACAGGGACACGCAGGGCAGGGAGGUCUUUCAAAGUGGAAAAACUCAUCACAACUGCAGAGAAUGCAGGGAAGAAUUUUGCAAUCAACAUCUGUUUAUUGAGCACCAAAAAACCCACGUUGGGGAAAGGUCAUAUGAGUGCAGUCAGUGUGGGAAAUUGUUUAGGUACAACUCCAACCUCAUUAAACAUCAGCGAAAUCAUACUGGUCAAAAGCCUUACAAGUGUACCGAGUGUGGGAAAGCCUUCAGCCUCAAAUACAGUGUGCUGGAACACCAGAAAAUUCACACUGGAGAACGGCCCUACGAGUGCACUGAAUGCAGGAAGGUGUUCGUUAGAAAGUCCCACCUGGUUCAGCACCAGAAAAUCCACACUGAGGGGUUCUUUGCACAAACGUCUGAUGCUGUUGAACACCAACUACUGCACACUAGGCCAAGGCCUUACAGAUGCAGCCAGUGUGGGAAGGCUUUCCUUACACAGUCACAUCUUGUUGGUCAUUGGAAAAUCCAUACUGGAGAACGGCCGUAUGGAUGCACUGAGUGUGGGAAGUCCUUUAUGUUCUACGCCAUCAGACAUCAAAAGGUUCAUAAUGGCGAUAAACCUUAUUGUUGCAGUGAAUGUGGGAAAUUCUUCACAGACAGCUCCGCACUUCUUAUUCAUCAGAGAGUUCACACUGGAGAAAGACUUUAUGAAUGCAGUGAGUGUGGGAAAUUCUUGAAAUACCGCUCCACACUCAUUAGGCAUCAGAAUGUUCACACUGGAGAAAGGCCUUAUGAGUGCAGUGAAUGUGGGAAAUUUUUUAUGGACAGCUCUAUACUCAUUCAUCAGAGAGUUCACACUGGAGAAAAGCCUUAUGAAUGCAGCAAGUGUGGGAAAUUCUUCAGGUAUUGUUUCACACUGAACAGAUAUCAGAGGCUUCACUCUGGAGAAAGGCCUUAUGAGUGCAGCGAAUGUGGGAAACUGUUUAUGGACAGCUGUACACUCAGUAGUCAUCAGAGAGUUCACACUGGAUAAAGGCCUUAUGAAUGCAGCAAGUGUGCGAAAUUCUUCAGGUAUCGCUCCACAUUUGAUACACAUCAGAGAGUUCACACUGGAGAAAGGCCUUAUGAGUAUAGUGAAUGUGGAAAAUUCUUUAGACACAACUUGAAUCAAAUUAGGCAUCGGAGAAAUCACAUUGGAGAAAGGCCUUAUGAAUGCAGCAAGUGUGAGAGAGUUUUUAGCCAAAAUUCCCACCUCAUUUGACAUCAAAAAGUUCACACCAGAGAAUGAACUUUUGAGUGCAGGAAAUGUGGGAAACUCUUUAUGGACAGCUCCAUACUCAGUAGUCAUUAGAGUUCACACUGGAGAAAAACCUUAUGAGUGCCAUGAAUGUGGAAAAGUACAACUCUAGCCUCAUUAAACAUUGGAGAAUUCACACUGGAGAAAGGCCUUAUGAGUGUAGUGGA